AUGUCUGCUGUGUACUAUUUUAUAGUAAUUUUAGUGAACAAUUUAAUACAUUUGCAGAAUGCGAAAGAUAUUGGAGACUCUUGUACUUUGGAGGAUGGCAGCAAUGGAUACUGCACGGGGAUAAAGAAUUGUCCAGAGGCUCUUGAAUUGCUGAAAAAUGGAAGUACUCAGAAAGUCUGCAAAUAUGUGAAUGGUUUUCCCAUCGUUUGUUGCAGCGAAACGUCCGGUCAAUUCCCAGGAGCCAAGAGUCUUAAAUAUUGUAAAGAAGUGCAGACACCGUUAGAUGAGCAUGUCAGACUAAGAUUCGUUAGACUCAUUGGAGGAGGAAAACCUUCAAAACCUAGAGAAAUUCCUCAUAUGGCUGCAUUGGGAUUUUAUAGUAACGGAGAGAUAAUCUGGGGUUGCGGUGGAAGUUUGAUCAGCACAAAGUUUGUUUUAACCGCGGCCCAUUGUUUGAAAUCCCAAGAAUUCGGAGAUGUAAAACACGUGCGUCUAGGAGAUUUAAAUCUGAAGAGUAAUUUAGAUGAUGCCUCUCCGCAGGAUUUUCUGGUGUCAAAGAUACACAAACAUCCGGAUUAUAAGAUUCCAUCAAAAUACAACGAUAUAGCUUUGAUUGAAUUGUAUGGUGAAGCUAAGAUUAGCGCUUACGUGAAGCCUGCUUGCUUGAAUAUACGUAAAAACCCUAGAAUAAAAUAUUACGAAACGAGCGGUUGGGGUUCGGUGUCUUUCCACGGUGAAGCUUCGGAUCAUCUAAUGAAAGUAUAUCUGUAUGAAGUAGAUAAUAUCGAAUGCAAUACAUAUUUUGACUCAAAUGAACGUUUGUACCUUUAUGGCAUUCAAGAAUCGCUUCAGGUGUGCGCUGGAAGUCCCGGAAAAGACACUUGCAAAGGUGAUUCUGGUGGUCCAUUACAGCAGGUAAAUUACAACUAUAAUAACGCUUACGACAUACAUGGAGUUACGUCUUUUGGAAAAGCUUGUCUUCUUACUGAAAGUCCAGGUGUUUACACUAGAGUUUCCAAUUACAUCGAAUGGAUUGAGUCAAUCGUAUGGCCAUGAUCAACCAUUCUGAUAUUCUUAAGCAUAUAUUUGAUUACA